CCUAAAACCAUUAUGUUUUAGGAAACACCGGUAAGCACAGUCCAUAAGGUAGCGAUACCAAGACUGCAGCCAGCCACAGUACAGACGAGUACGCCCCCUAGAAAGCUAGCAAAGUACAAAUCGCUCCGGCCCAGACUGCAACAUUGUGAUAUUGCGUCGUACAACCCCCAGCCGAUCCAAACCGCUUCGGUUGAGGAAAACAGAUCUCAAGACUUAAAUGAUAUAGGUAGGAUUAAGGAAAGCAACAGUGAUGAUGAAGAAUGUGAUGUUCCCGAUUUUCCUCUUACAAGAGAACGGCUCGAUAGCGUCAGUAACGUCUCCAAGGAUGCCAUGGAUGAAUAUUUAGGUACUAACAGCCAACACGAGGAAGAACUCUCCAAAUAUUUCAGUAAUAAUAAUGUUAACGAACCAAUCGAUUCAGAAAAUACAGACAAACUAUCGACACUUAGGCAACUCCUCGAACAGAACAUUGUUGAUAACAAAUCUUUGGUAACGACAGCACUACAACACAGGGUAAUACAGGAGAGCAUUCCUUUUUCGAAUGCCAGUCUUAAUCAAACGCCAGUACAAAACGAAAUAACUCACAUAACCCCUAUUAUUCGUCAGGGGGUUUUGCCCCAUAUGCAGACCAAUAUUAGGAGAAGGGUUAGUUUCGAUACACACGUUACAGAAGAAACGUCAGUACCUCCUAGUCCAAAUACUAGAAGGAAAGAUUUCAAUUUCACACCAAUAUCUCCUGGUCCUCAGUCUCCUAGUGGUAUACAGUCCAAAUGUUCCAGUACUACAGCAAGUCCAUUCGUGAGCCCAAGGAGCACUCCGGUUAUGAGAACCAAAACCGUUUAUCAAAAUGUUGGCAUUUUGAAAAACGAGUUGAGGAAACCAUUGAAAGUGAAACGGGAGAUUAAUCUCACCGUUGAAAUCCCCAAUGAAAGCCAGUUUUUGAACAGUAGUUCACUCCCAAUGUCCGCACCAGUCAGUCCAAUGUUGAGCAACAAGUCAGUUUUGCAUAAACUCUUGAAUUCCAGUAGCAAAGUAGAGUACAGUCCAGGAUAUUCGGUACCACAAAGUGUUGCUGUACAGCCUGAUACCUCUCAAGAUGAGCAGUUUUAUGCUUCCAAUAUAGAGUCUAAUUUAGAAAUGUACAGAUCCCAGUCUGUUCCUUUGCACGACAUGGUCGCACCCAUUGAUGAGAUCUUGGUACCCGAACAGUCAGUACCUGUGGAUGAUUUCCCAGAAAUUGAUCCGAUACCUGAUACUGAUAGUGAUAACGUUAAACGAAUUUUGAAUUCUCUUGACGACCAUUCUUGUGAUAACAACAACAUCGAUUUAUAUAAUGUUCAUUUACCUUCUAAUAACGCUGGCUUGUCGGAGUUUGGGAUCCAAAUUGCCAACGGUCAUCAACAGAUCAGCAGUUAUACGCAGGGUGAUGUGAGUUUCACCAACGUUCAAAUGGCAAGGAAUGUACGUUCUCACAGUAUUGGAGAUAUCAUCAUGACUUAUCAACCUAAGUGUUUACCAUCUAGAUCUGUUCCAAGCACUCCCCUGCCUUUUUCCCAGAUAGUGGAAGAACCUUUAAAAGCAAACUACACAAAUUCGAGAUCUUAUCCUUCGACUCCUCGGAAUACCGGUGAAACUUUCACUUAUGGAGUCAACGGAGACUGUUUGUUGAAUGGUCAACCCAUCAGGACGGACAGUGUGGAGAAUCUGGAAUUCGUUCAGAACUUUGAAUUGAAUGAGGAGAAUAACAUUGAACAGUUGCCACAAGACAAAAGUUUUACUAUGGACGGUGAGUUUAUAAUGGAGAAUGACCCGCAUCUGAUAGGUACGGUUUUGAUGGAUCAGAAUUACAAUGGUAACAUCGAAUGAGUUUUUCGAUGCAUUAUUUUCAUUAGGGUUUCAUAUGUACCAUGCCAUAUUUUUACAGUACUCACAUUUAUACAAUUAUGCAUUGGUCUUGCGUAGAAAAAUAUUUAUACCAAAAUCUGAGCUUACCAUAUUUCUCAAACAAUGACCGUUAUUUCAGUUAUUUAUAUAAAGGACAUCUUGUAAAUAUGGGCAAUAAUAUAAUUUUUGGUAUCAAUUUAUAACUAUUUCCAGACCAAUAUACAUUGUUACGUUAGUAUAAAACGUAUCAUCAAUGAUUUAUGUAAUUUAUGAGAGAAAAAUCGAUCAUUUUAUCUAUAUAUAUAUAUAUAUAU